AUCAUAUUACUCUUUUAUAUACAUGUACAGUAUUGUAUUAAAGAUAAGGAGAUACUGUAUAUAACUGACACCCUGUACACACCUUGGUCAAGUCCGGCCAGGUCCAGUGUGCCUGCCCUCUUCUUGAUGGUAUCCCCUCUUUCUUUCAUCUUCUUCUCUUGUUCUUCCCUGAGGGCCUGGGCAGCCUUCUGCAUGAUCAGCUCCUUCAACUUCUUCUUCUUCUCUGGGGACAAGCCCCCCAAACCUCCCCUCUUCUUUGGCUUCUGUAACAGUAGGAAACAUCCAUUGUAUAAUGAUUAUCAAAACAAGAAUAGUAUGAUUUGGUUGUACAUUUGGCUCCAGGGCAUUAGUACAAAUAAAUCAUACAAUUAACAUUGCAUAUGAGUAGUAUUCACAUUUCGUUUUG